CUUACUUUGCUUUUUUUUUGCACUUGCCAGGCUUAUUAUUAUUGGUUGAAUGACAUGUAUAUGGAUGUACGUUUAGCUCUGCCAAUUAAUUCAAAUCCAGGAAUGGCUUUUCCACCACGACAGUUCACCACAGUACACGAUGUGGCAAGAUUUUCAGCACAAUUGCUUGAUGGUAUUAUGCUUCAUAAAGAGUUGCUUGAUAGCGGUAAACUUCCGCAAGAGCGUGCAACGUCACGGGAAAAGAAUCAACCAUUAUGCAUGGCUCAAUAUUAUCGUUUGUUGGGCUCGUGCCGACGUCCUGGUGUAGAACGUGAUUCCCAAUACUUGCCGCAGCAUGUCAGCGAAGAACAAUAUGUCAUUGUUUUUUGCCGCAAUCAAAUGUAUUGCGUGAUCUUGAAGGGUCGCGAUCGCGGCAAAUUAUCGGAAAGCGAAAUGGCAUCACAGAUUUUAUAUAUACUCAGUGAUGCUCCAUGUUUAUCCACAAAACCGCCACCUCUAGGCUUGCUAACCGCCGAGCCACGUUCACAAUGGGCGCAGGAUCGUACCACUAUUUUAUUGAGCGAGCGCAAUCAACGCAAUAUCGAACUGUUAGAGACAGCGUUAAUUGUUUUGUGCUUAGAUGAGCCAUUGCCAUUAGAUUUUAAUGCGCGCAAUUUUCCCGGUGCUACACCAUCAGUACAUUAUGCAGGUCAACGUGAUGAGACUAAUAUGGCUCAUCAAAUGAUACAUGGCGGUGGCAGUGAAUACAAUACCGGUAAUCGUUGGUUUGACAAAACUAUGCAAAUCAUCGUAUGCACCGACGGAACUUGGGGCCUCUGCUAUGAACAUUCGACAUCCGAGGGAAUUGCUGUCGUUCAACUAUUGGAGAAAAUCUAUAAGAAAAUUUUAGAUAAUCCCACGGAUGGCAACGGCGUACCUCAACAUCAUUUACCACCACCUGAACGUUUAGAAUGGGAUUUAACUAUGGAUAUACAAAUGCGUUUCACUCAAGCUGCCGUUUCAGUUGAUAAAGCUAUUAGUAAUUUGGACUUCCAUGUUUACCGAUACAAGGGCUAUGGAAAAAAUUUCAUUAAGGGUUGCCAAGUUAGUCCCGACGCUUAUAUACAACUAUCGUUGCAAUUGGCCUAUUUUAGAUUAUAUGGUUAUUUAGUGACCACUUAUGAGAGUGCAUCGACUCGGCGAUUCCUUUUGGGUCGUGUGGAUUGCAUACGCAGUGCUAGCACCGAAGCUCUAGAAUGGGCUAAAGCAUUAUGUCAGAACAAAGAUGCCAAUUACACUGAAUCGAAUCAGAAAGAUCGAAUACGUGAACUCUUCCGUUGUGCGGUGGCUCGGCAAACUGAGGUUAUGGUUCAAAAUAUUUUGGGUAAUGGUAUAGAUAUACCAUUGCUAGGAUUGCGAGAAGCUAGUCGCGAAGUUACUGGACAAUUGCAUGAACUUUUCACAGAUGAAUCAUACAAAAUAUCGCAAUGUUUCUUGCUGUCAACUAGCCAGGUGGCUUGCAGCACUGAUAGUUUCAUGGGUUAUGGUCCUGUAACGCCACGGGGUUAUGGCUGCUCCUAUAAUCCCCAUCCCGAUCAGAUUGUAUUCUGCGUAUCCGCCUUUUUGGCUUGCGGUGAAACGAGUGCUUCAAGCUAUGCCAAAUCAUUGCAAGAUUCAUUAGAUGUCAUGAAAGAUUUAUUAGAGAAUUAAUUAAAUGUUAUACGAUUAGAAAUUAAUAUACUAAAAGACGUUUAUGUACACUAUACAUACGUACACAAGUGCAAUAUAUAUACAUAUAUAUAUAUAUAUCUAUACAUAUCAUUUAAUGUACCUUACAAAGCAAAAACAUGAAACCAAAACGAAAUGUUUUAGAGAAAUUUAUUGAAAAACAUAUAUGUUAUAUAUAGUUGUUCAAAGUUUAAAAAACAAAAAAAAAACAAAA